UGGUACAGUCCUUCAGCUGCACGUCUCCAAAUUGCUUUGGCAGACUAUAAAAGCAAACGACAGACAGAGCUGAGGGGAAAAGAAGAAGAAGAAGAAGAAGAAGGUAAAAGCAAGCUGCAGUUUUAAUCUGAGACAAAGUUACAGCAGAGCAAGAGAGAGAUGGAGCAAACCGAGGUGGUGAAGCCUGAAACUCUGGAUGAGCUGAUCAAAAUCCUCCACAAAAUCUUUGAGAGUGACCACAUUAAUGUGGAGGAGGUGCAGAACAUCAUGGAAUCGUAUGAGAGCAAGCCUCACGAAUGGAGGAAAUAUGCUAAGUUUGACCAGUACAGGUACACAAGAAACUUGGUCGAUGAGGGCAACGGGAAGUUUAAUCUCAUGAUUCUCUGCUGGGGGGAAGGACACGGCAGUAGCAUCCAUGACCACACAAACUCCCACUGCUUCAUGAAGCUGCUGCAGGGGCAGCUGAAGGAGACGCUCUUCCGGUGGCCAGACAGCAAAUCACACGGAGAUAUGGUUCAGAAAUCGCAGAGGAUACUCCAGGAGAACAAGGUUGCUUACAUCAGCGACUCCAUUGGUCUGCAUCGUGUGGAAAAUGUCAGCCACACAGAAUGUGCGGUGAGCUUGCACCUGUACAGUCCUCCGUUCCAGACCUGCCAGACCUUUGACCAGCGAACGGGACACAAGAACACCGUCAAGAUGACCUUCUGGAGCAAAUACGGAGAAAGGACUCCAUUUGAGACCACAGUUUCACAAGAAAAUAACUAGAUGUCAUCGAGCAAAGCGUGCUACAACGGAGACACUUGAGUUUAAAAUGGCAUUUCAGUGACACCAACUCAAAAUGCAAAACGUGGACCUAAAACUACGCAACCCAUUUCAAAAUUAGGAGCGGGCUGGUUCAAAGGGACAGCCCACUAACGGUAAUUAGAACGGCUUUAUCGCUGCCCAGGGUGAACUUGGCAAAUACUGAUGAGCACAGGACGAAAGCAUGAAUAGGCUCGGACAUGGACUGAAUCUGCCUUUUGUUUGCUGGGCCUGAAGAGACCCUUUUCCAAAAACAACAUUCCUGUCUGUCUACGACCCGUGUAAACACACAUUCAUGGUCUAAAACUAGAGCUUUAGCAUUUUAAACAGAAGAAAUAUUGCUGUUUUGUUUUCUUUUAUGUACAAAAAAAAAAUGAAACCAGUUCUGUAAUCAACAGCUUUUGUUCUCAAUGAAACAGUUUUAGCUGUAUGUACUGUUGCCGCUCAAAAAUGUCUCAAAUGUCUGUUAAAAAUUGUAAAAGAAUGUGACAUUAUAUGUACAGUUUGCCUGCAAAGGUUUGUUGUGUUCGCAUUUUGGAAAAAAGAAAUGUAAAGCUUUAGAGUCGUGUUGUUUUUAAAAAGUGUGAUGCUUGUGUAAUUUAUUUGCAGGGUAUCCCGUUCACUAAGGGAGUUCUCUUAAUCAGCAAGCUUAAAUACCAAGAGAGUACUGUGGAGAGUCUUUUAUAUUAUUAGAUGUGUUUAGGUGAACGUUUCUCAGGAUUUUGGUAAAUUUUGAUUGCAGCUGUAUUUAUCCAGUCAAUAAUUUGUCAUAGUGUUGUCAAUUAAACACAUAACUUCUGUGUUGCUGCAGUAAAUUUGUGCAUAACUAUAGAACAAUAAACAUAAUUUCCUUUU